AUGGUUUCCAUAUUUCUUUAUCUUCUUUUGAUUACUGGAUUCUCUGCUGCAAUUGCUCAACAAAGAAAUUCCAGCACUAGCCUCGGCUCUUCCCUCUCUCCAAAUGCCAAUCCAUACUGGUUAUCAGAUUCUGGCCAGUUCGCUUUUGGCUUCUACAAGAAAGGUGAUGGCUUUGCCAUAGGCAUCUGGUUGGAAAAGAUUCGGCAAAAAACAGUCGUAUGGACAGCUAACCUGGACAAUCCGCCACUAUCAAGAAAUGUCACAUUGCUUCUGACAAAUGAUGGCAGGCUUGUCUUGGAACAAGAACAAGGCCAACAGACUGCUCUAACUAAUGCACUGUUCUCCGCUUCCUAUGCCUCCAUGCUCGAUACUGGAAACUUUGUCCUCUACAAUUCAAGUUCAAACAUCAUAUGGCAGACUUUUGAUGCUCCAACAGACACUAUUUUACCUGGUCAACCUCUCUUGGCGGGGAACAAGCUAUUCUCCAGCAGCUCUGAGACAAAUCAUGCAAGGGGAAAGUUUCAACUUAUAAUGCAGCAUGAUGGGAACCUGGUGCAAUACCCGUCAGACAUUCCACCUAAAGCUAAUGACUAUGCUUACUGGGACUCAAAAACAUUCGACGCUGGAGAUAAUAUCUCUCUAAAUCUUGGUCGUAAUGGUCAGCUUUCCCUAAUUAAUCAUACCGGCUUCAGUAUCAAGAAUUUAAACGGCCAAGGAAACACCUCUCAUAAUUUUUCUUUAUAUCGUUUGACAUUGGAUUUUGACGGAAUAUUGCGGUUAUAUUCUCAUGGCUUGAAUCAAGAUGAUGAUGAUUGGUCAAUUGAAUGGUCCCCUUCUAGCAGUAAUUGUGAUCCUAUUGGUCUCUGUGGCCUAAAUGCUUAUUGUACUGUACAGGAACAGAAAGCUGUAUGUACAUGCCCUCCUGGUUUUGAUUUCUUAGAUCGAGGACAACCUGAUUUGGGCUGCAAGAGAAAUUCCAGCACAGAUGGUUGCACGAGCAAGAAUGGAGAAACAGUUGAUACUCUUCAGGAAUUGGAAAGUUUUGAAUGGGAAGACAACCCCUAUUCUACUUUGUCAUUGACCAAAACUGAAUGUAGAGACGACUGCUUGAAAGACUGCGAAUGUGAAGCCGCCCUAUUUAAAGAUCAGCACUGCAGAAAACAGAAGCUUCCGCUAAGAUACGGGAGAAAACGACAAGGUAAUGCCAGUACAACCAUAUUCAAGGUGAGAUUUGGGAGUUCUAACACAACACAGGUAAGCAAGGGAAGAAAGAAACAACAGGGAAUGGGCGUCUUAAUCGGCAGUUCUGUGAUUUUAGUUUUCGCGUUAAUUGUGCUAGCUUUUUCUGCUUUUCUGGUCUUGAGAUAUCGUCUAUGGUCAUACAAAAAGGUUCAUUACGAAGUUAAUGAAGGAUUGGUUGAGGAUGUCUCUCUACGAGUAUUUACUUACAGUCAACUCGAAGUUGCAACGAAUGGCUUUGUCGAACUACUGGGUAGGGGCUCUUUUGGGACAGUUUUCAAGGGAGCCUUGUCAAAUGGGCAGAUGAAAAUUGCUGUCAAAAGACUUGAAAAAGUUGUGGCUGAAGGAGAUGUAGAAUUCAGGAACGAGAUGAGGUCCAUUGGAAGAACCCACCAUAGAAACCUAGUCCGACUACUAGGUUACUGCCAUGAUGAUUCGAAUAGGCUUUUGGUUUACGAGUAUAUGAGCAAUGGAACACUUUCUAACUACCUUUUCAGAUCCCAAAUAAAGCCAAAUUGGGAAGAAAGAACUAAAAUCUCUUUGAAUAUUGCUAGAGGGAUCCUCUACUUACACGAGGAAUGCGAGAUUCACAUCAUCCAUUGUGACCUCAAUCCCAACAACAUAUUAAUGGACGAGCAAGGGUGUGCAAAAAUUGCAGAUUUUGGAUUGGCAAAGCUAUUGAUGCCGGACCAUUCCAGGACUCUAACCGGGAUAAGAGGAACAAGAGGGUAUGUUGCCCCUGAGUGGCACAAGAACUUGCCCAUCACUGUAAAAGCAGAUGUGUAUAGUUUUGGAGUUGUGUUCUUGGUCAUUAUAUGCUGUCGCAGGAGCAUUGAUGUCAAUGCUCCUGAAGAAGAGGCUAUUCUUGUUAACUGGGUCUAUGACUGUUUCAAGGCUAAUGAAGUGAGCAAGCUGGUGCCUGAAGAAGUUGAUCAGCAAAGCUUGGAGAGGAUGAUUAGAAUUGGGUUGUGGUGCAUAGAAGAAGACCCAGCAGUUCGCCCUCCAAUUAAGAAGGUGGUUCAAAUGUUGGAAGGUACCGUAGAGAUACCCGAACCUCCAUGCGCACAAUCUUCAUUUCUGCAUUAGUUCUUCAUUACACAUAAGAGUGAAGUAGUUCUCUCUUCUUCUUCUUUUUCCCCAUAAAACUCGAUUUGUAAUUGGAUUUAAAGAAUUUCAAGUUGUUGUUGCUACCAAGCUAGUGCCGCCUUCCAUGUUUAUCAUUGUUGUACAUUCCAUUGUGUAUGCCCUCGUCAUUCACUUCCUAAUUUAUGUGUUCACUUUUUAAUAUGAA